AAAUUGCUUAUUAUUUAUACUGUUCUUCCGUUCUGGUUGUAUCUCAGUAUCUCUCUCAUUUCAUCCUCUCCUACAAAACCGCGCGGUGUUCUCAGUGCUACAAUGGGCGAUGAAGCAACUACAAAUGGAUAUUCUAAUAAAACCAGCAACGUAGAUGAAAAUUUGCAGAGACAGAAGGAAAUCGACGAAUGGCUUCCAAUUACAUCUUCCAGGAAUGCAAAAUGGUGGUACUCAGCUUUCCACAACGUCACUGCAAUGGUUGGAGCCGGUGUCUUGGGUCUACCAUAUGCCAUGGCGAGACUAGGAUGGGGUCCUGGAGUAGCCAUUAUGAUACUCUCAUGGGUAAUCACUUUAUACACUCUGUGGCAAAUGAUUGAGAUGCAUGAAAUGGUUCCUGGAAAACGGUUUGAUAGGUACCAUGAGUUAGGUCAACAAGCCUUUGGUGAAAAGCUCGGUCUGUGGAUUGUGGUACCUCAACAGCUCAUUUGCGAAGUAGGUGUGGACAUUUUGUAUAUGGUCACAGGAGGAACAUCACUGAAGAAUAUUCAUGAUUUAGCUUGCAAAAAAAACUGCAAAUCAAUCAAAACCACCUACUUUAUCAUGAUAUUUGCUUCAGUUCAUUUUGUAAUCUCCCACCUCCCAAACUUCAACUCUGUCACCGGAAUCUCUUUGGCUGCAGCAGCCAUGUCUUUGAGUUACUCUACUAUUGCCUGGACAGCUUCUGUCCACAAGGGAGUUCAGCAGGGUGUCGAUUAUAGCUACCCAGACUCAACCACAUCAGGAAAAGUCUUAGACUUCUUCAGUGCCUUGGGCACCAUAGCUUUUGCAUAUGCAGGACACAAUGUUGUUUUAGAGAUCCAAGCAACAAUUCCUUCUACACCUGAGAAACCAUCUAAGGGGCCUAUGUGGAAGGGAGCGGUUCUUGGCUAUAUUAUUGUGGCCUUGUGCUACUUCCCAGUUGCUCUCAUUGGAUAUUACGUGUUUGGCAAUACUGUUGAGGGUAACAUCCUCACCUCAUUAGAGAAACCUGAAGGGCUUAUCAUAGCAGCUAACGCGUUUGUUGUCAUCCAUGUUAUUGGCAGCUAUCAGAUAUUUGCAAUGCCAGUAUUUGACAUGAUAGAAUCAGUGUUGGUAAAGAAAAUGCAUUUUAGACCCACAAGAAUACUUCGGUUUACUGCACGAACUGUAUAUGUUGCAUUCACAAUGUUUGUGGCCAUUACCUUCCCUUUUUUUGAUGGUCUUCUGGCAUUCUUUGGAGGAUUUGCAUUUGCACCUACAACAUACUUUAUCCCUUGUAUCAUGUGGCUUGCCAUCUACAAACCAAAGAUGUUUAGCUUAUCUUGGUGUACCAACUGGAUCUGCAUUAUACUGGGCCUCCUGCUGAUGAUUCUAGGACCAAUUGGAGGGCUAAGAACCAUCAUACUUAACGCCAAGACCUACAAGUUCUACUCUUAAACCAAGCUCAACACACCAAGAGAAGUCUGCUGCUGUUAAAUCAUAUAAAUUAUGUCAUACACCAAUAGAAGUCUGCCACCAUUAAAUCAAAUAAAGUUUGUCAUAUUAUAUUCAUGUGCGUCAUGUAAUAACCAUUCUCUAUAUGUUUGUUCUUAGCAUCGAUGAUACAGAUCUAUGCAUUAUUUGUAAUAUUAGUAUAAAUACAACAGAAUACUUCCCUUGCCCUUA